GGGAAGGAAACUGAAACUUUACAUCUGUAACUUACAUUGAGAAGAAGCCCCUUUAGUACAAUGGCAGAAGCCGGUGUUUCAGUGGAUCAGUUCAGCUGUCCGGUGUGUCUGGAUGUGAUGAAGGAUCCAGUGACCAUCCCGUGUGGACACAGUUACUGUAUGAGCUGCAUUACAGACUGCUGGAACCAGGAGGAGCAGAAAAACAUCGAGAAGAAGACCUACAGCUGCCCUCAGUGCAGACACUCCUUCAGGCCCAGACCCACUUUAUUCAAGAACAUAGUGUUUGCUGAGAUGAUGGAGAAGCUGCAGAAGACGAAACUUUCUUCUCCAGCUGGACCUGGAGACGUGCAGUGUGAUGUGUGCAGGAAAUACAAAGCUGUUCAGUCCUGUCUGGUGUGUCUAAACUCUUACUGCCAGACUCACUUUGAGCGCCAUGAAGAGUUUCACCCCGGUAAACGGCACACAGUGAUCGAAGCCACAGGAAAACUGCAGGAGAUGAUCUGCAAAAAACACCACAAGCUUCUGGAGGUUUACUGUCGCACUGAUCAGAUCUGCGUUUGCAUGCUGUGUAUGGUGGAUGAACACAGAAAUCACGACACUGUGUCCACUGCAUUACAGAGGACGGAGAAAGAGGCUGAGUUGAAAGAGCUGCAGGUGCAAUGCCAGCAGAGGAUCCUGCAGAAAGAGAAGGAGCGUCACAAGCUGAGAGAGACUGUGACAUCUCAUAAACGCUCCGCCAAUGCAGCUGUGCAGGACUGUCAGAGGAUCUGCUUAGAGCUUGUCAGCUCCAUCGAGAGAAACUGCGCAAAGCUGAAAAAGCAGAUCAGAGAUCAGGAAAAAACUGCAGUGAGUAAAGCUGAAGGAGUCUUGAAGAAACUGCAGGAGGAGAUCGAUGAUCUGAGGAGGAGAGACACGGAGAUGAAGCAGCUCACAGAAACACAGGAUAACAUUCAUUUCCUGCAGAGUUUGCAGGCUCUGUCUGGUCCUCUUGGAGAAUCUACAGACCAUACAGCGCUGGAGAUGACUGUCAGCUCUCAGACGUCUUUUCAUUAUGUGAAAGAAUCUCUUUCUGCCAUGAGAAAGAAGCUCGACGACUUCUGCAGAGUUGAAUUGAAAACUAUUUCUGACAUAGUGAAAGCUGUGGAGAUCAUUCCCUCUCCCUCUCCUGAACCACAGACCAGAGAGCAGUUCCUACAGUAUUCCUGCCAGCUGAAACUGGAUCUGAACUCAAUAUGUCCAGCCCUCGGACUGUCUGAAGGAAACACUGAGAUGUUUCAGGGUGACACGUGGUAUAAUUAUCCUGAUCAUCCAGACAGAUUCGAUUACUGGGAGCAGGUGCUGUGUACACAGAGUGUGUGUGGACGCUCCUACUGGGAGAUUGAGCGGAGUGAGACUGGUUCUGUGGACAUCGCAGUGUCAUAUAAGAACAUACAGAGGAAGGGUGAUUAUAAUAGGAGGGAGUGUUUAUUUGGGUUUAAUGAUCAUUCCUGGAGUCUGGGUUUCAGCAGUUACCGUAGCUCUUCCAGAUGCACAUUCACUCACAACAGCAUAGAGACUGAACUCCCUUUCUUCCCGACAUCCCUUAAAAUAGGAGUGUAUGUGGAUCACAGAGCGGGAACUCUGUCCUACUACAGCGUCUCUGAUAAAAUGAGCCUCAUCCACAGAAUCCAGACCACAUUCACCCAGCCACUCUAUCCUGGAUUCAGAGUUAUCUAUGGGACGUGUAUGAACCUGUGUGAUUUAUCAUAAUAGAGAUAUGCUCAAGGGGAGCUAUUAUGCAGAAAUCACUUUAUAAGGGGUUUAAACCCAGUAGUGUGUCAGCAGUGUGUGAAUAUCUCCAGCUUUUAAUGGUCAACAUGAAUUAAUUGUGUUUGUUCUAAUCAGACUUGAUCAAAACAGUCUGCAGAAACACUUUGAUUGACAUUCUCCCUUUGUAUGAUGUCAUCAGAGGGGGAAAGCCCCGCCCAUUAUCUCUCUCUCAUUAGUAUAAACAGCAGCCAUCUGCUGUUAGUUUUGAAUCAGCCACUAUGCUGGCAUACAGGCGUUUGUAGCUCCGCCCUGUUUUGAAAAGAGCCCAAUCUCAUUUGAAUUUAAAGAGACAAUAGAAAAAUAGACUUGAAACCUAAAACUUGUAUAAAAUGAUGUAUGAUGAGUGAAAUAUAAUGUGUAAAUCUCUGUGAUUUGUCAAAAUAGAGAUAUAUUAGAAUGGUGUUGGUCUUAAAGGGGUAGUUCACCCAAAAAUGAGAA